AUGCAUGAGACCACCAGCUGUUCCGGACGCAUGUGGGAUCACGCUCUCGGCAGCCGAUUAGAUGAGGUGGGCAUAGCGACGGUGAACCGUUGUCUGGACGCGGCGAAGGCGUGUAACGUGGACGAGACGUGUCAGAAGCUCCGUACGGAAUACGUCUCGGCCUGCAUCCAGCCGUCGGCCCGCUCAGGCCCCUGUAACAGAGCCAGGUGUAACAAGGCUCUCAGGAAGUUCUUCGACCGGGUCCCUCCUGACUACACCCACCAGCUGCUGUUCUGCCCCUGCACAGACAUGGCGUGCGCUGAGAGACGGAGACAGACCAUCAUACCAGCCUGCUCCUACGAGGACCAAGACAAACCCAACUGUCUGGCUGCACUGCGCAUCUGUAGGAACGACUACGUAUGCAGUACGAUAACGCCUAACUACCUGGAUAACUCGACGUCUAAUGUGGGUCCGUGGUGUUCGUGCUCUGCCUCCGGGAACAGGGAGCAGUGCGAUGACUUCCUGGAAUAUUUCCAUGACAACAUCUGCCUGAGGAGAGCCAUGCUAGCGUUUGGGAAUGGGACAGACACGCAGUUCUCCGCAGGAGCAGCAAGCCAACCAGACAUGCCCGGCCCGGCUCACACUACCCUCAACAACCACAUCCAGCACCUGGCAACCACCGUCUCUGGCAUCACCAUGGAAACCGAACUUAACGUCUUGGGAGCACAGAUGCCCGCUCAGGUGAAUGACAAGGAUAGACUGUGGGGUGAUGAUGGUGAAGACUCGACCCUGCCGGAGCUAUUAGACCAUGGAGCCCCUCCCCUCCACCUGUCUGCCCUAGGCUGGACCAUUCCCCUGGGUCUCUCCCUGCUGCUGUGCUACCAGUAGUCUGGCCUGGCCCUGGGGCUCCAUAGACUACACUACACACUGAUCGAAACUGGGGGUGGAGAGAGAGAGAGAGAGAG